GCAGGCAGCAGCGAAACGCGCUAGGCACGGGAAUUUAAUUGAAAUUCAAGCAGAAUGUCUAUCAGCCUAUCAACGUUUCUUAUCAGCGUGGGGGUAUACGCACUCGCCGCUUAUCUGUACGAGCAGCUGAGGACGCCUUAUCGCUUGCUGAAGUUGCGCCUGCUUGGCGAUGCGAGGCACAGGCUGAGCAUCAAGGAGCGCUUCGGUAGCUGGGCGGCGAUCACGGGCAGCAGCGAUGGCAUUGGCAAGGCGUAUGCCAUGGAGCUGGCAAGGAAUGGCAUCAAUGUGGUGCUGAUAGCCAGGAACGAGGAGAAACUGAAGGCAGUGGCCAAGGAAAUAACUACGGAGUGCAAUGUGCAGGUAAAAAUUGUCAUCGCUGAUUUCACACAAGGCUCAGCCGUUUAUGAUCACAUUGAGCAGGAGCUAAAGGAUCUGCCCGUAACCAUACUAAUUAACAACGUGGGCAUUGGCUUCCCUGGUGGCGUCGCCCGCGUGAGCAAGGAUCAAGCCCAGCAGCUGAUCGAUACAAAUGUGGUAGCAGCAGCGCAGCUGUCGCGGUAUUUCCUCCAACGCCUGCGCUCCGAGAAGAAGCAGGGCGCCAUUGUCAAUGUCAGCUCCGGCACGGAACUGCAGCCGAUGCCCUAUGCGGCCCUCUAUGCGGCCUCGAAGGCAUUCAUGCGCAGCUUUACACUGGCGCUGCAGUGGGAGGCCGCGCCCUUUGGCAUCCAUGUGCAGUUGUUGUCGCCCAACUUUGUGGUCACCAAGAUCAACAGCUACUCGAAGCGCAUCAUGAGGGGCGGCCUCUUCAUACCCACGGCGGAGCAAUAUGCACGCAGUGCUGUGGCCCAGCUGCGGGAUGGUGUGGACGAAACACCUGGUUAUUUCUGGCAUCAUGUCCAGAAUGCCGCCAUGACGGUCUUCCCAUGGAGAUUGCGUUUAAAUUUGUCUCAGAUAUUCUUCAAAACACUUGCUGAUAAGAACAAGAAAUAAAAGCGCUGCAUACUU